AUGUCGAUCGAGAAAACCAAUCUCGAAAAGGAGAUCGGUGUCACUCAACUCGAGACCGCCGACUCCCGCACCUACAGUGAGAUUGACGCGGUCCAAACCCUAGGCAAGGCAGCCAAGGUCGUGCAGAUCCAGGACUCUCGCUUCGCCGCAGUCAUUGCCCGGAACAAAGAUGCGGCCUCCCCGUUUUCCAAGUCGCUCCUGCGUCUGUACCCUAUCCUGUUCGUGGCCUUCAUGAACUCCGCGGCCAACGGCUUCGAUGGCAACACCUUCGGCGGCGUGUCGAGCGUGCAGGACUUCCAGAAGCGAUUUGGAACCAACGUCGCCUCGAACAACGGUUUCCUGGCGGCCUUGUACAUCCUGGGCAACGUGCUCGGGAGCUUCAUUGCCGGCCCGCUGGCCGACACCCUUGGGCGCCGACGGGGCAUGUUUAUCGCCAACCUUGUCGUCUUGAUAGGAAGCGCGGUCCAGGCCGCCGCCAUGCGUCGGAGGGACAUGAUCGCCGGUCGCAUCGUGCUGGGCGUUGGCUCGGUCAUGCUUGGACCGUCGUCUCAGUCUUACACGGUUGAGAUCUCCCACCCAGCUUACCGAGGCGUGAUGAUGGGUCUAUACAACGGGUGCUACUUCAUCGGUGCGAUCGUCUCGACCUGGCUCGAGUACGGCAUCGUCAAUGAUACCAAGGGCGAGCUGAAUUGGAGAUUGCCUAUGGCUGUCCAGGCGGCCCCGUGCCUCAUUGUGCUGGCGUUCAUCUUCUUCUGUCCGGAGAGCCCACGUUGGCUGAUGUCCCGUGGUCGCGAGCAGGAGGCUCAUGACAUCUUGACCAGGCAAGGCGAUCCGACUCACGAGAUCGUCCAACUUGAGAUGGAUGAGAUGCGCGACUGUGUCAACACAAGCGGCAGUGAUAAGCGAUGGUAUGACUACCGCGAACUCUUCAAUUCUCGCGGCGCCCGCCACCGGAUGUUCCUCGUCCUUUGCGUCGGCUUCUUCGGCCAGAUCGAUCUCCCACCUACCUCGUAUUACAUGCCGCUCAUGGCGCAAAACGCUGGCGUCACCAGCGAGAAGCAGCGCCUCCUCAUGAACGCACUGCAGUCGCCCAUCAUGACCAUAGGCACCCUUCUAGGGGUCAGAUUUAUCGACAUCGCCGGCCGUCGCCCCAUGCUCAUGGGCUCCAGCAGCGUGUGCUCCUUCUGCGUGCUUAUGCUCGUGAUUUGCUCCGCCUUGCAGAAUACCCACCACGGCCUCGGCCUGGUGGGCAUCAGCUUCGUCUACGUCUUCCUUUUUGCCUUUGCGUUCGUCUGGACCCCUUGUCAGGCCCUGUACCCGGCUGAGGUGCUUGCCUAUAAUGCCCGCGCCAAGGGGCUGGCCAUGAGCGGCUUGUGGCUGAACAUUGUCAGUUUCAUCAACACCUAUGCGGCUCCAGUGGGGAUGACGAAUGGCGGAUGGAAGUUCUACAUCUUGUAUCUCUGCGUGGACGUGUUGGGGAUUGUAUUUAUUUAUUUGUUCUUUGUCGAGACGAAGGGUCGAUCGCUGGAAGAAAUCGAUGACAUUUUUGCCGACCCACACCCAGUCAAGGCUUCGCUCAGGAAACAAAAAGUAGUGGUUGCCGUGGAGUAG